AUGAAAGAUUUAUAUCUUGGUUUGAAGGCGAAUGGCCUCAACAAGUAUACUCAUGUGCUCACAGGUUACUUGGGGUCAUCAAGCUCUUUAGAAGCGGUCGCAGAUAUUGUAUCCGACCUCAAAAAAGAGAACUCAAAUAUAAAAUAUUACUGCGAUCCCGUCCUAGGUGAUAAUGGAAAGCUUUACGUUCCACCCGAACUCGUCCAGAUAUACCAAGAAAAAAUACUCCCUUUAUCAGAUGUCAUUUUGCCAAACCAAUUUGAAGCAGAAAUACUAAGUGGUAUACGAAUAACGGAUGAAAAGUCUGCUUUAAGUUGUAUCAACCACUUACAUAAAAAAUAUCAUAUCCCAACUGUAAUUAUUACAAGUACUAAUGUAACUUUAUCACCAGUAAUGUAUGGUUAUGGAAGCCGUUUGAAGAAUCCAAUGAAUAAUAAUAGUAGUAGUGAUUUGUUAAAUCAAACGAAUGGUUCAGUUACGAACAACACUUCAAAAUACGAUCGUGUACGUUUUAAAAUUCCACAUUUUGAUUACCAUUUUAUUGGAACUGGAGAUUUAUUCGCUGCUUUAACAUUAGCUCAUUUAGAGACAAAAAUUGAGAAUGAAAAUGGACAACAAGUACCUAAAUGUUCCUUCAAAGAUGCUUUCCAAUCGGUUCUUAGUACAAUCCAAACUGUUCUAUCAAAAACAUUAAGAAUAUCCGAAGGAGAAUCAUUGAACCUUUCUCAAUCUGCACGAAUCGAACUUAAAAUCAUCCAAAGUCUUGAUGAUAUUCGAAACCCAAUAUUAGGGGAUUAUGUUGAAGAAAUGUAA